AUGAGCGGCGAGCGAACGAGCGAUUCUACGCAGAAACCGGGAGAAUGGGAAGGGAAGAUCCUCUUGAGCGUCUUCAUAUAAAUGACGGCGGUGCUCGCGGCACGGAAUCACAGAUUCGAUCUCGUUCAAAUCGACAAAGCCGUACACAAAUCGUCGACAACCGCCGUCGUCAUGCAGUAUCUAAUUUUGGCCUUUGCAGUCAUCGGUUGUGUCUUUGGACAAUUCGGAUCGUAUCGCGGCUUUCCUAGCCAAAAUGCAUACAGAGCAACGCCGAGGCCGUAUCAACCGCAACCACAACCGCAACCGCAGCCCCAACCGCAAUACACGCAAUAUACAUCUGGCGCAAAGCCAUUCAUAGGCAUUCGAAGUCAAUCAAAGGACACAUCGCCGGAUGGAUCUUAUUCGUUCAGUUAUGAAACCGAGAACGGAAUUUCAGUAUCCGAAAGCGGAUAUCCCCAAGUCGGACCUCAAGGUCAAACGGAGGUGGUCCAGGGCAGAUUUUCAUAUCAUGCACCCGAUGGAACCCCCAUCACUAUCCAAUAUACGGCCGAUGAAAACGGUUUUCACGCUGAGGGUGCUCAUAUUCCCACGCCACCUCCUAUCCCGGAAGCUAUUAGAAGAGCGCUCGCGGCGAACCCGCCUGGACCUGAUGAUGAGAAGUACGACCGGCAGCCCUUCCAGCAAAGAUUCGGCGGGCCGUCGUACAAUGCAAAUCCGUUCCGGAGAUUCUAACUUCACCGAGUACGAUCCGAAAAAAACCUCCACGAUGCACCCACGACCAGCAUAGUCCAGUGAAUUCACUGGCGGGAGGCUCGGCUAAGAUAUCAAUACGGCUUUGGGUCACUCUUCCCUCUUCCAGCCUCUAAUGAGAAGUGAUAUGUGUACAUAGGACACAGUAUAGCUGAUAACAAAACAGUAUCGAUCCCUAAAUAAAUACAAUUGCUGUUAUGCAAUAAAUCAAUAUA